UUAAAGAGAGAGAGAAAAGAAAGCAACUCCGGAGAAAGGGUGUAGGACUUUACCAAUGGCUGAGAGCUGGUCGAGAAGCAAAUGGGUCUUCGUUUUUGUGCUCAUAUUUGCUCAUUCUUCUUCAUCAUCACUAGCUGAAGAUGGGCUGGUUGCCAACGGUGAUUUUGAAACGCGACCAUCGAACGGCUUCCCUAGCGAUUCAAUAUCCGACGGCCCCACCGAGAUCCCCAGCUGGAGUACGAAGGGCAUGGUGGAGCUGGUAUCGGCCGGCGAGAAAGUGAGCGGCGGGGUGUUACUCAUCGUGCCCCGUGGCACGCACGCCGUUCGAUUGGGAAACGACGCGGAGAUCAGCCAGGAAGUGCAGGUGGAGAAAGGAUCGACGUACGCGAUCACGUUCAGCGCGGCACGCACCUGCGCGCAGUUGGAGUCGCUGAACGUGUCCGUGCCGCCCGCAUCGCGGACAGUGGACCUGCAGACGUUGUACAACGUGCAGGGGUGGGACCCGUACUCGAUUUCUUUCGAGGCUGAGGAGGACAAAGCGCGGCUGGUUUUUAGGAAUCCGGGCAUGGAAGAUGACCCGGAAUGCGGGCCCAUCAUCGAUGAUAUCGCCAUCAAGAAACUCGUCACCCCCGAUACGCCCAAGGACAAUGCAGUUGUUAACGCUGGCUUUGAGUUCGGUCCUUGGAUGUUUCAAAACGUAUCUCUUGGUGUCCUGCUACCGACCAACCUCGACGAAGAGACAUCCCCGCUACCUGGAUGGAUGGUCGAAUCGAACAGAGCGGUUCGAUACAUUGACUCCAAUCACUAUGCGGUUCCAGAAGGAAAACGUGCCGUCGAGUUAGUAUCGGGCAAGGAAGGCAUCAUUUCCCAAAUGGUCGAAACCACACCAAACAAGCUAUAUAGCUUGACCUUUUCUUUAGGCCAUGCUAGGGAUAAAUGCAAGGAACCACUAGCAGUCAUGGCCUUUGCAGGAGAUCAGGCACAAAGUUUUCACUACACCCCGGAUUCCAACUCCACCUUUCAAGUCGCCAAUGUCAACUUCACAGCCAAGGCCGAGAGGACCCGGAUCGCAUUCUACAGCGUGUAUUACAAUACCCGACAAAACUAG